AUGUCGAUGGAGUUCAUCGAUGGUGUGCCCUUGGAUAAGCUCAUUGAGUUCAGCCUCCUCAACGAGACGGUCUGCGCCUACGUCGUAUACAACAUCCUCCUUGCCCUCAAGGACCUCCAUGAGAAGCAUAUCAUCCAUAGAGAUAUCAAGGCCGCCAACAUUAUGUUAGGGAAGUCCGGUCGAGUGGUCCUUUGCGACUUUGGCGUAUCUCGCCUUUUGGAGAAGGAGGCCCAAGCUCUCACUUUUACGGGUACCCCAUUUUGGAUGGCCCCAGAGGUCAUCAUAUCAUACUCCCUAUCACAGAAUAUGCGGGCCGGGUACGACUGUCGAGCCGACAUCUGGUCCCUAGGGGUUACGGCUGUUGAGGCCUGUCUUGGCCACCCGCCCCAUGCUGACAAGUUCGCACGGAUGCCCCAUAUGGUGUACCUCACCAUCGUUAAAGACCCUCCACCUACUAUGGACAUGUCCAAGUUUUCGGAUAGUUAUAGGGACUUCCUCGACCACUGUUUUCAGAAGUGCCCUGAUGAUCGAAUGACCGCGGCACAGUUGUUGAAGCACGAGUGGAUCACCGAGAUGAAGGAGUAUGAGAAGGAUGUUGUAAAGGACAGGUUGAUCUCUAAUGUUAAAACGUACCUCAUGUGGGAGGCUAAGCAUGAGGAGGACGACGAUGAGGAGGAGGAGGAGGAUGAGGAAGGGUCGCACGAGAUGGCCAUGGGUGGUUAA